AUGUAUUCUAUGAACUAUAUCGGUAAAUUCAUUGCUCAGUUCUGCGAGUUCUAUAAUGAGAUCAAUGGUGCGACCCUGACAGGUGCGAUUGACGUCGUGGUGGUUGAACAACCAGACGGAAGCUUCACCUGUUCCCCGUUCCAUGUACGGUUCGGAAAACUCGGUGUUCUAAGAUCGAGAUUCAAAGUUGUCGAUUUGGAGUUGAACGGCGAGCCGCUACAGAUUCACAUGAAAUUGGGUGAAUCUGGAGAGGCAUUCUUCGUAGAGGAGGUUGGGGAGGAUGAGGCUGAGUGUUCAGCACAUCUGGCUACAUCACCCAUACCGGCUACAAGAUUCGACGAACUAUACGAGCCGCGACGCAGGAACUCGCUGUCAGCUGUGGAACCAGACCAUGGGCAGGCCUCAGAUUAUACAAAGAGAAGAUACACCGCCGACGGUAAAUCCAUGCAAAAACCGGACUUAAAUAAACUUGCCAAAAAAAGAGAAGACAAAAAUACACAUGAUGAUCAUGAUAAUGAUGCUUUGUUUGAAAUGGAUGGCUUGAAUGAUGGAUCAGCUGACUGGACAGACUCGAAACCAAAGACAUUCUCGGCCACUAAGCUCGGUUCAGCUGAGAGCGAGGCUAAUCAAACCGUUCAGAAGAUAAGUGAACACAACGACUUCAGACCUAUAGAUGCCAUCCCUAAUCCAGAAGAAGUCAAGCCGAACGGUAACGGCAAGAAGAAGAAGAAGACGAGGAAGGCCAAUUCAAAGAAGAAACACCAAAGAAAGUCAUCGACUAGCUCCAUAUCUAGUCAGUCAGAUCUCACUGGGACCGAGCAGAGGUCACGCGUUAUCACAACAGAUAUAAACUUCUUCAGUGACAGCGAAGUAGCAGCGGGCGUUCUAAGCGAAGAGAUGUCCAACUUCAAGCUGAAUGGUGACAAUCGUAUCCCGCUAGCGUUGUCGGACACGGCCUUCGAGGUCCACGCAGCAUCCAGACACUCUAAGGGUUCCCGUCAUGGAUCGCCGGUUCAAUCGGAUACGGAGGUGGAAUUGGCACGAGCUGCUAACGAUGAUAAGUCAUCACAGUCGUGGCGGUGGGGGGAACUGCCGGAGCCUCCGGUUAGAGGGGCUCAGGCUGUGGAGUCUCCCGAGUCCCCCGCCUCGCCUGCCUCACCAGCGGAGCCAGCGUCCCCCACUGAACCACUCAGCUCAGAUGAAGAAAGAACAGGACGUCGCGGAGUAUUAAGCGACAUGUUUAGAUUCAUGUCGACCAGAGAGGACGCUGUCACUGAAGGCGUCUAUUUAGAUGAUCUAGACCGAGGCCAGGUCGACCCGGACCUGUACUUCCCAAAACAUCACGCAGAGCGUUACCGAUCGGGUGUACCGGCGACCGGUCCUACAGAGGAGGAGUAUGAGUCCGGUAACGGUCCAUCCUUACCGCAGUCACCAAACUCACCAGCCUCUAUGGACGCACCCGCGCUGGACUCGGAUGACGAUGAGAAAUUGCUUGCCAAAGGUCAAGUGUCAGUGAUGGCUCGUGACGGCGCCGUGUGUCGCUCCCUCAGCUACGAAGAGUUCUGUGUGCGUGGCGCUGAGUUAGCAAGCGCGGGAAGGCUGGAGGUCCGUCUUGGGACUAGACGACUGCCGUGGCGCAGCGCUGGACCGCUGCUGCUGUCGCUGUUGGCGUUCAGACGACCACUACCUAACCGUGUGUUGGAAGAACUAGAAAAAGGUCAGAAGGAGGAGUCCAUCAGAACGGAUGAAGUGAAGCCGAGGAGCUAUUGGUGGAGCUGGAGACGAUCCAACGAUAAGAGUAGAUCGGAAUCGUCUCAGAACAAGGACGAAGAACUGAAAGAUUCAUCCAUACCACAAGCAGAGACUGUUCUAAAAAUGGAAUCAACCGAUAUUGAUGAGGUUGACCAUCAAUGGAGCGAAGAGAAGACGGAACCGAAACCGGAAACACCGAUCGAUGAUGAACCGAUGACUGAAAUCAUCACGGAACCAUUAGACACUACGCCCAUGUUGCCACAAGUGUCAGUAUCACCGAGCCAGCCAGAGCAUAGUUCAUCAGAGUCUGAGACGGAAGGUCGCGCGGCCACCAGGAGACCGUCCUCCUUUAGGAAGACACUCCGGUUGUCUUCAGAUCAGAUCAAAAACCUGAACCUCCGCGAGGGUAUGAACGAGAUGGUGUUCAGUGUGACCACCGCCUACCAGGGAACUACCAAGUGUAAAUGCAACGUGUUCCGUUGGAGAUACGACGACAAGAUCGUUAUAUCAGAUAUAGACGGCACUAUCACCAAGUCGGAUGUACUGGGACAUAUCUUCCCACUGGUGGGCAAAGACUGGGCGCAGUCGGGCGUCGCGCAACUGUUCACUAAGAUCAAAAACAACGGAUACCAGUUAUUGUACCUCUCGGCGAGGGCCAUCGGACAGGCCAAGGUAACCCGCGAAUAUCUUCGUUCGAUUCGUCAAGGCGAGGUGUGUCUGCCGGACGGACCACUUUUGUUGAACCCCACAUCGUUGCUGCGCGCCUUCCACAGAGAGGUCAUCGAGAAAAAGCCGGAAGAAUUCAAGAUCCAGUGUCUGGCUGACAUCAAAGCGUUAUUCCCCGCUGGCUCUAAUCCCUUCUAUGCGGGUUAUGGAAAUAGAGUCAACGACGUCUGCGCUUACCAGGCUGUCGGCAUUCCUAUCGUGAGAAUAUUCACAAUAAAUUACAAGGGUGAACUCAAACACGAGUUGACUCAGACAUUCCAAUCGACGUACUCCCACAUGUCUGUGCUAGUGGACCAGGUGUUCCCGCCCGCGCUAUGUGAACCCAGCGAUGAAUUCUCUCAAAGCGUAUUCUGGCGCGAACCGCUGCCCACUGUUGAACUUCCCGCCGCAGUGCUGCCACCGACAAAACAUUAG